GAUUCUCGUUCAUGCUGGCGUGAAAUAGGAGCAGGAUUCGCAAACGUUUUGGCGAUAGCAAGAAAAUCCUUCCUAUAAAUAUGCUUUCGCAUUCUUUUUUCCACUACAAGUUGCAAUUGUCAUCAAUUGAUCUUGGUUUCACUCGACAAGGAUGAUCGCUCAACAUAAAACAGCUAGGAUACAAGAAGACCAUGGCUUAUUUAACCCUAUUUUAAGUUCAUUAGAUAUCUCCAAAACGGCUAAUACAGAAUUGAUCCAAUCUUCCCCGUACGUUGAUAAAGAGCAUUGGCUCAAUUUAAAGUCCUUAACAUUUGGCCAUUGUUUGUUAUCACUGGCCCUUCAAACUUUCGUUCCAAAAGAUUCGAUUCAUUAUGCUCACCUUCCCUACGCUGAAGCAUUUGAUAUUGAGGAAAUUGUACAAUUAGUACGAAAAUAUGCACAUCAAUGCCUUAAGCCAGUUCCUAAUUUCUCUGCAUAUAUCGUGGCGUUUCGUUCUGUAUUGCAUCCUGAAGUACAAACUACCCAAGAAAUGCGCCACAAACUAGCAGAAAUUGACAAGGGAUCACACUUGGAGGCAAACGUUUCUGGAGGCUUACUGAAAUACUGGUAUGGUGUGCCUGACGAUACGUAUGGCCAAAAUUUAGCGACAUGCUGGUGGGAUUCCAAGAAAAGUGCAAAGCUUGGAGGCGCAGGAAAAACACAUCGCGAAGGCUUGAAAACCGUUCGAGGAUGGUACAAAGAUUGGAAAAUCGAGCAAUACGAACUUGAAAUUUUUGAGGGAGGGAACAGCUACAAUUUCAAAAGUCUUUCUUUGUAGAAUAUAUCUCGGGAGUUGAAUGGUUGCUCCGUGUAUUCACUCGUUUGUACAUUCAUGCCAUAGGUGUCGUUAGGUCAGUGGGUUUCGUGGUUAAUUUAUUUAUUUAUUCAUUUUUUAUUGAUGAUUUUUCCCGAAAGUACGAACAAUAGUACAGAAACAAGUGAAUGAAGUAGAGUCAAGUCAAGCAGGGAUCCAUUAGGCCACUCUUUUACAGAAAAGAAACCAUGCGUAUAGUCUUCCUCAGAUAACCAAAUAUCUCAACUAGUAAAGUCCUCGUCAAUUCAAGACAGGAAAACACAAAAAAUCUUUAAAAUUUCACAACCAUAGGCUUUCCAUUACAAGCAUAGUAAAAACGAACAUCGAAAACUGAAUGCUAUCACUUCAAUCAAAGACAACAAUUCAGCAUACAAGACUGCUAUGCAACAGAAAUCCAUUCGUUGGCAAACAACGAGCAAGACCCUUUUCCCAAUUCAAUCGUGACCUUUUAACUUUUUUUUCACUUGUGUUUCUUGCUUAAACUUGCUUCACUGUUUUUUUGGCGAUGGCUGCUUAAUAUUUUGAAAGACUUUGUACGCUUUUCUAUUAAUGAACUAGUUUGCUAAACACAAACCACAACCAUCUUAUGAAAAUACAAAACCUUACUGCUUUUAAGAAAACUCCAUCCCCGAUGGUAUAUUGUAAGCAAACCAUCAAAGCGUUCUCAUAACUCGCUUCCCAAGCCUUCGUACAUUAUGAGACUCUCUGCAUUCCUGUAUCUUUCUAUGGUAACUGAUGAACAACCCGUGAUUCCAUUGAUGUGGAUUCUACCGAUUUGAUUUCAAAAAAAUGGUGUUCGUAUCUCACCUAUUCUAUAGAUAUGGACCAUGGAAGACCAAAGUACAAAAUCCAACGAGAGCUAAGAGUACAUAAAUCAGCUUUCUGAAGUAGAAAACAAUCUACGCUAGGAAUCGCUCUUCCAAUUUAACGGUGGAGAUGAACCUUCCUAAUUAUGUGAUGAAGGUAUCAUCAUCAUCAUCGUCAUCUGUUAUUCAUGGGUUCAAGGCAAGUGAGUCUUCGCAAUUUCGUGCAACAUAUUUUUCAUCCAUUUUUCUAUUUCUUGA